AUGUUGGCCUCGCUCCAGAACGCAAGCCGGAAGGCUGUGCAGCGGGAACAUUUGUGUGGCUUUAUCAAGGCGAAUCAUUUGCCACUGGCUGAUGGGGCUGUAGAGUGCCAAACCACCGGAUCAGAGGCAGAGAAACCGUUGCCCCAGUCCUGGCGCAGCUGGGAAUUACAGGACUUGCUGGAAGAGCACGGAAAGGCGUACAUGCUGGAGUCCACUGGUCGAGGGCGAUGCCUAUCAGACCUAGGUUUCUGUGAGUGCUUUCCACCUUUUCGUGGCAGAUACUGCGAGCAAGUGCAGCAUGGAAAGAAGGAUGCCCAAAGAAAAUACAAGGCCGUUCUGCACUAUCUCGUUGGUGACCGCGAGAAGCUCCUGGCCGACUUUGAGCGAAGCUUGCCGAUCUUAUGGACGAGGUUCAAUGAACGUGAGGACUAUCCCGUGAUAGUUUUUCAUGAUGGCUUGUCCAAGGUGAGUCUGAACCUCAGUGGGAGUCAAGAAUGUUUGAGAAUGUUUGAAAGGUCGAGGACUCUCGGGUCAAGGAAGUCAAGCUUGAAGGGCCCGGAACAUCCUACAAAGGCUUAUUAG